AGGAGGAGGGUAUUAUUGUCAAUUAGCAAUACGGCACCACAAGUGGAACACGUGACGUACUCAUGUGGUUCCUGUAAGGAGCAGGCGGUAGACACACGCCGUUGCGUGGAAUAUAUACUCCGGCCAUCUCCUUUGCUGGUCCAAGAGCCCUAGAUCCACACACACACACUCACUCACUCACAACACACAACCCUAGCUUUUUAUCCAAGAAGAACAGUAGUAGUAGUAGUAUCAUCUCUCAUCUUCUCAACCUCUCUCAACUUUGUUCUUCCAUUCUAUUCUAUUGCUUUUUCUCUCUCAAAUUCCCAAGGUAUGCCUCACUGCUUUCAACUUCUUCAUUUGCGAUGCUAGGGUUUAUCCAUUUCUUCCAUGCUUUGUCAUCCUACAUGAAUACGAAUUUGAAUUUAGUUGGUAUAGAAAGAUGAGCAUGGUUUCAGAGGCUUCUGUUGAAUCAAGUGAUGAUAACAAUGUGGUGUCAGAGGAACCAAUUAUCAGGUCUUCAUGCAGCAAAAAGAACCCAAGGAAAGUUCCAAAGAAGAUUCAUAAAGCUGAGAGGGAGAAACUAAAACGUGAUCAUUUGAAUGAUCUUUUUCUCAAGCUCGGCAACACCCUUGACCCAUCUCAUGAGAACAAUGGAAAGGCCUCUAUAUUGAGUAACGCUACUCGACUACUACGUGACCUGCUUGCUCAGGUUGACUGUCUCAAAAUGGAAAACACAACUCUUUUAUCCGAAUCUCACUAUGUAAGUACCGAGACGAAUGAGCUGAGAGAGGAAAAUUCUACCCUUCAAGGUCAGGUUGAGGAGCUGAAUAGUGAGGUACAAGAGAGGAUUCAUUCUAAUUCUGCGUGGGAGUUACAUCACUCGCGAUCACAUCAUGACACUGCAUCACAGUUCAAGGAAGGUCAACUUAUCAUACCUGUAAUUGACCAUGCAUCGCAGCCAGCAACUGUUUUGGGUCCUCUAUAUGUUCCCUUGCAUCAUCAUGACCUCCAAGUAUACCACAAUUCUGAUACUUUAGAAUCUGUGUCUAAGCUUCCGUCAAACAUAAGCAAACCACAUGCUCGUUAUCCAUCAUCCUCAGAUUCUUGGCCAUCACAAAUCCUUUCCAAACAAUCAGAACCCACUCAGGUUGCCCAGCACAGCAGUAGUAUCCCCAGCUCCUUAGCAGAUGAGACUAGUUUUAACAAUGUGUAAGGUUGUUAUGUUGUAGUUGAUAUUGUUUUAGCUAAGUUUUGAGAAAUUCAGAAGACAAAGUUGGUGUAAAUGUAAAUCAUUCAGUCAAUCACAUCUUUAGGUGGCUAUUUAAGCAUGGAACAAAUCCUUGUUUGGAUGCAAUUUUUUUACUAGUUUUUGUUUUUGGCUUGUGAACUAAAAAAUCAAAUAAUGCUAUCUCAAAUUUCCUCUGAAUUUUAGAUCAUUUCUGUGACA